UGACUCGACCAGGACUAGGCUGUCGGGAACUUGUGUCAAGAAACCUCUCCAAAAUUCUUCCAGGUCUCUGUCAUGAUAUAACGGACUGGGUUGAAAGCACAAGAAUAAAAGCAUCCCAGCUUCUUUAUACAUUAUUGCUGCAUGCAGAGGAUCACAUAACACAACAUAUGGAGCUACUGCUUAGAACUUUGUACCAAGCAUGCUUGGAUGAAGAAAGCGAUGUGGUUAAAAAUUGUGUGAAAGCAGCAGAACUGAUUGGAACGUUUGUCAGCCCUAAGGUGUCAUUGAGGUUAAUCACAUCACCCUUUGGGAAGACGCCUAAGCCUUCUUGUAUCAUGGUUCUAACAGCAGUGAUUCGAGGUAGCCCAAAAGAACUCUUACAGCCUCAUUUGACAGAUCUUGGCAACACACUGUCACAAGAUGAAGUUUGUCAGCGAUCUGAAGAGGUCUUUUAUAUGGAGCAGUUGCUUUGUUGUGUACAAGCAUUGAUUGAAGUAUGCCAGGAAGACUGCAAAGAAAUUACCUUGCAGCUAAUGAAAGUUUUGGUGACAAUAAUGGCAAUACCAUGUUCUCAGCACCUUAAAGAAAAGGUAGAGGAAACAAUGUCUUCAUUAGCUGAAGUGCAGCAAUUGGACAGUUUUCUUUGUCUCUACAAACAGCAUAUAAUUCACCUUAUGGAAUGGGUUUCAGUAUCAUGUGAUAGUUGGACAUGCUAUUCUCCAGAAAUAUUACACUUAGAGGUCAUCGCAACUCAUUCAGGUCCUGUCAUAGGCGAAGCUCUAAAUAACUUUAUUCUCAUUCUUAAGACGUGUCUUCAGCCAAACAAAGAUCCUCAGAUGCGGUUAAAACUUUUCACUGUUUUAUCACAGUUGCUCCAGAAAGCAAGUGAAAGCAUCAAUUCUCAGGGGCUGUUCCCUAGCUACCUUGAGACUGUGAUAAAAGACAUACUGGCUCCUAAUCUGCAGUGGCAUGCUGGAAGAACAGCAGCUGCCAUCCGCACUACAGCUGUAUCAUGCCUUUGGGCUCUUACUCACUGUGAAAUGCUUUCACCAGAAGAGAUCUUAAAAGUCAAAGAUGGGCUAAUGCCCCAAGUUAUUGCUGCUGUGGAUGAAGACUCUAAAAUUACUCGACUGAUGGCUUGUCGUAUUGUUGGUGUUCUUUUAAAAGUCUGUGGGAGGCAGUUUGAUGAAGAUGAAUUUACCAAGACUUACGCAGAAGUUUUAAAGCGUCUGGAUGAUGCUUCAUGUGAUGUACAACUGGCAGCUGCUCACACCUUAACUAAUUGGUUUAAAUGCUUAAAGGACAGUGAUGUGAAAUCUGCCAUGGAAAGUCACAUUGAGUUUCUGUACCAAGAACUGUUGAUACAUCUUGAUGACCCAGAUCAAAAUAUCCAAAAUGCAGUCCUAGAGGUUUUGAAAGAAGGAAGCACUUUAUAUCCAGAACUGCUUGUGAGAGAAAUUGAAGGGGUUGUACAUAAGCAUCGAACGCCAGUCUACUGUAAUCAACUUCUGCAUCACAUUCAGUCAGCCAAAUGA